AUGGCAGAACGACGUUCGGGCGGCUCGAGCCGCAACAAUUUCACCGAGGAGAAAAGCUCCGCCGACACGCCACCAAUGUCACGGUUGUUUAUCAUCUGCAGCAAGAGCGUAACCGAGGAAAAUCUGCGCGAACAGUUCGACAAGUUUGGCGACAUCGAGGAAAUAUGGAUCGUCAAGGAUCGGUCAACGGGCGAAGGAAAAGGUGUUGCCUACAUCAAGUAUGCAAAAACGUCCGACGCGGCACGCGCGCUCGAGGAGAUGAAUGGCAAAUGUGUCGGGGACAAUACGCGCCCAAUCAAGGUGCUGGUCGCUGCGAACCGGCAGCAAGGUUCUCGCAAGCAGACCGAAAACGAGGAGGAAAAGUACCUCCGACUGUUCGUCAUCAUCCCGAAGGACAUGACGGAGGAUGCGCUCCGGGAGGAGUUUGGCAAGUAUGGGACGGUCGAUCUGGUGACGAUUAUCCGUGACAAGGUGACGAAGGAGGGCAAAGGCUUUGCGUACGUCAAGUUUGGACGGUUCCUGCACGCGGCGCAAGCGUUCGAAGGAUGUGAUCCGAAGUAUAAGGCAGUGUUUGCGGAACCGAAACCACCGCGCAAUGCGUCCGUGUCUUCGAACGAAAACUUUGCUAGUUUCGAACGAAAGCAGGGCGGCGGUGGUGGGGGUGGUGGCGGCGGCGGUGUAGGAGGUGGUGGUGGAGGUAGCUCCGGGGCUGGUGUGUUCGGGAGUGUUGUAAACAGUGCGAACGGAUUCACCGACGAUCGUCGGGUUGGCCCGGGUGGCGUCGGAGGGGGUGGUGGUGGAGGUGGCGGUGGUGGUGGUGGUGGUGGAGCAGGUGCAAUGAUGGGCUUUGCCGCGAUGGGUGGCAACGAUAGGCGAACUGGGGCGGGAGGGGCGGUAGAUAGACGCGGAGGGGGCAAUGAUUUCGGUGCAUUCAGUGGAUACGGUGCGGGUGCUAACAAUGCGAUGGUUCCGAAUGGGAACGAAACGAUGCUGACUGUACUGUGCAGCCCCGUGCUGAAUCAGGACCAGCUGUGGCGACUUUUCGAUAUCAUUCCCGGGUUGGACUAUUGCCAGAUAAACAAUGAUUUCAACAAUCGCAACGUGACGGCCACGGUCGUAUACAACAACAGCCAGUCGGCAAUGUACGCCCGGGACAAGAUUCACGGCCUAGAGUAUCCUCCUGGCGAACGGCUCAUCAUACGGCUCGGACACGAAACGGUUGGCACGAUGGGCGGAGGUGUUGGAGUUGGCAGCGGUGUAGGGGUUGGCGGAGGAGUGGUGGAACCAUUCAACGGAAGUGGUAUGGGUGCCGGUAACCGGGGUGGAGUAAUGCCGGUCGAUCCGACGCUGGCGGCACGUACCGGGGCGCCGCUAACCACGCCUGUUUCUUCCUGUUCCCUCGCCGUAGAUCGUGAGGCGGCGUUUUGCAGCGUGCCACUGCCACCACCACAGCCGAUGGCAAACGCCAAUGCGGAGGUUGCCCAGCGUUGCUUUAUCGUGUGCAUUCCGACGGCGCUGCCGACGAGCGUGCUGAAGCAAACGUUCUGUCGAUUCGGUGAUCUGAUCGAUGUGUAUCUCCUACCGAACAAGAACUGUGGUUACGCCAAGUACGCGUCCGAGGAGUCGGCCAAGAAGGCGAUCAAGCUGCUGCACGGUGCGGACAUUUUGAACGUCCGGUUGAAGGUCCUGGAAGCCGAAGAACCAUCGAACGAUCGACGGAAAAGGAUGCGUCACGAUGAGCGUAUGGAAAAUGAGUAAAGGCACCCUUUAUAAGCAAU